AACGAAUUGAGAGAGUAUGGCUCUUUUCCGCUACUCACUCUUCUCUUGUUUUGCCUUUUCUCUUCUUGCUUUUAGUCUUGUCCAGUCUCCACAAGUCCAUGGAAAGGAGACUGAAAGUCGACAUGUGGUUAGUGUUAGCUCUUUGCUUCCGGGCUCAGUUUGCUCGUCACCGAGAGAUUCAAACCCGUCCAAGUUGAAAGUGGUCCACCGGCACAGCCCAUGCUCGCCGCUGACCUCCGGCCAGAAGCCAGACUACGCCGAACUCCUCAACCAGGACCAAGCUCGAGUCAACUGGCUCCACCGCCAGAUCUCCACCGCCUCCAACCAAAACAGCACUCGUACCUCGCUUGCUGCAAACAUCCCCGCCAGAUCCGGCGGCUCGAUCGGUACUGGCAAUUACGUCGUCAACGUCAGUUUGGGCACCCCUAAGAAGGUGUUCACGGUGAUCUUCGACACCGGCAGUGACCUUACAUGGAUCCAGUGCCUCCCGUGCCGUACUAAUAAUAGCUGCUACCCCCAACAGCAGCGACUCUUCGAUCCAUCUCAGUCCUCCACCUAUUCCAACAUCUCCUGCACCUCCACCAAGUGCUCGCAGCUCGACCUUCACAAAUGCUCGGCUAGUAGGUGCCGCUACGAAGUCCUUUACAGCGAUCAAUCCCAGUCGGAGGGCUUCUUCGGCAGCGACACGCUCACACUGACGCCCUCCGACGUGCUGCCAAAUUUCUUAUUCGGCUGCGGCGAUCAGAGCAGUGGGCUCUUCGGUAAGGCCGCCGGUCUGCUCGGUCUAGGCCGUCAAUCAGUAUCACUAGUGUCACAGUCAAAAUCAAAGUAUGGCGAUGUCUUCUCUUACUGCCUUCCAUCCACCUCGAGCUCACCAGGCUACCUCAAACUAGGCGGUGGUGCACCGUCGAACGUUCAUUUCACACCGAUGCGAAAAUUCCACAGCCAGCCGUCAUUCUACUUCCUUGAUCUCGUGGCAAUCAAAGUCGGCGGUGAGCAGCUUCCAAUAGCUCAGACGGUGUUUUCUAAUGACAGGACGCUACUCGACUCCGGCACGGUGAUUACCAGAUUGCCGCCAUCGGCCUACACCGCCCUUCGGUCGAGGUUCCAAAAGCAGAUGGCCAAGAAGAAGUACAAGAGGGCGCCGCCUCUCUCGAUACUGGACACCUGCUAUGAUUUCACCGGCUACAACAUCGUGUCGGUGCCGACGGUGGCGCUGCUGUUCGGCAGCAGGGUUACACUUAAUGUCGACUUCACCGGCAUACUGUACGUGUCCAGCGUGUCACAGGCAUGCCUGGCGUUCGCUGGCAAUGACAAUGCGAGCGACCCUGGCAUCAUCGGCAACGUGCAGCAGAAGCGGUUUGAUGUGGUUUAUGACAUUGCAAAUAGUAGAAUUGGGUUUGGCGCCAAUGGUUGUGGUUAAUUGGUCGAACACAAUGGUUGGAAGCAUGAUAGAUAAACUAAUUGAUCAAGCAAUUGGGAGAGAAGAAACGAAAGAGUUCAUGAAAGAAGAAAAAUGAAACUAAAAGAGAACCAACAUAAUGUAUGACGAAAUAGCUAUUCCCUCUAUUUUAACGAUUCAAGAAACAAAUAACAUGGGUAUAGUCGUGCUAA